AUUAGUUGCAUGCAACCAAACGCGCAGCUACAACAACAACAACAAGAUGGGAAAGUGAAAAUGAUUUUUUUUAUUAUUAUUUAAUCGCGUUCAUGUAAAAUACGUGGUAUAAUUAUGGAGUUGGUUUACAGUAUUGAUACUCUGCAAAAACCGUUCUUCCAGGACUGGAUUUCUGAGGAGAGAGCAUGUCUUUGUCUGUCCUGCAAAAACAUCCUCGCAAUUUGCAAACAUUCGGAAAAUGAAAUCAGCUCUCAUUUCAACCGCCACUAUGAGGUGGUUGUGAUUGACAUUGACAAGCCCUGGGAGCCUCAUCUCGUUACCACAAUAACCCAGCAGCUCCUCCAUAUAGCAUGGGACACGACGGGGCGACAGCUGCUGCUUAUAGACACAGAGGGGCAGUGUCAUCUUUGGAACAUGAAGGACCACCUGUUGAACCAGUGGGAGUGUGUGGGCUCCUUGCCAGCUGCAGGAGAGGAGGUCCUGGCAGUCAUGUGGUUCCACAACGGACUGCAGAUCAUAUUUGAUCCUGACAAACGCAACGAAACUCAAUAUGUUGAGAAGUAUGUAAGGAACAUGCGCUUCACGCCCUCCCUAUCACAGUUUGGGGGAAGUUUUGUGGAGGGAUUUGUGUAUGUCACUGCUUCUGGAAUGGUGCGUGUAGGUGUUAAGCAGCCAGAUGGCGCCCUGAUAUCUAUGACAGAGAACCUAGCGCCCAGCCAUCUCCGACAAGUGACGGCCGACAUCGCCAACACAGAGAACGGUGAGAUCAUGAUAGCUACCAGUGAUGGCCAGCUGUCCUCAGGCAUCCAGUGCUUCCUGGUGACCGUGAAGUUGUCUGGCAGCAACAUCAGCAUCCAGAGCCGGAAUGGAGCCAGUCUGUACACGAAAACCCAGCAGGAGAGCAGCUCUGACGUAUCCCAUACAAGAAUCAGCAAAGUGAUGUUCAUGAACUCUGAGAGCAGUGACACACUGUUUGUGAGCAGCGGGUCCUCAAGCCAAAGCAGUCUGGAGGUAUGGCAGCUCCUGGAGCAAAUGUUGCCACAGCACAAGAUGUUCUCCCUAAACUCAGGCCCCUACGCAACCAUCAAGACCCACAAGUGGAUGCACAAGGCCACCCUGCCCCACCCCUCCCAGCUGUCAUGCCUGGCCGGUCCCAGGUUGCCCAUGUCCCGCAACGUGGGAGAGAUGAGUGGUUUCCUACCUUAUAUAGCCACAGCAUAUAGGGAUGGAACCAUACAGCUGAUUCAUAGAUACACUUUUCAGGUCAUUUCUACGGCCAGCAUGGAUCAGCUGUGUCAGCAGUUGCAGAGCUCUCCCAGGAAGGAGGAGAAGAAGUUGAAGCUCUCUCUGCAUUUGUCUGCCCUUCAGCAGACAGGAAGUGGCUGUGGCAUUGUGGGAUUGCAUGAUGGGCGUGUGUACUUGUUCCGGACAUAUAACGGGACUCGAGACAGUGUGAUGCAGUUGCCGCCUACUAGCGUUGUGCUACUGCUGGAGUACGCCAUGAUCACUGGGCAGGACUGGUGGGAUGUGUUUCUAGCUGUCAGGCAAGGCAUGACAAUGAAUAUCUGUCAGAUGUUGACAGACAACUUCAACAAGCAGGUGCACGUGAUGCAGGACUAUGUGUUCAUGAGGCUGCUCAGCAUGAGAAUGGGACUCUUCUGUAUAUACAGCCCCGGCCAUCAGAAGGCGGUGGACUUCCACACUCAGCUGGUUCUGCAUUCUAUCGCUAACAUGAUCAAGGGAAUUCUUAAACCUCGCUAUGUCACAGCCAAUGACAAGGGCCCUGCUGAAAAGAUUGCGGCCCUGGUGAACAAGCAGACUGACGGAGACAUAGAGCAGGUGCUCACGAAGAUGGACACUGACGAAUUCCAUGUGGACGCCAAGCGCAGGGAUCAGGCAGAAUUGCUGCUGUGCAGCAUUCAGCCCCUGAUCCAGUGGGUGUCAGACCUGUGUCUGCUGCUGCUCAGCUCGGCCCCAUUGUUCCAGACCAUGACCGUGUUCCCUGGCUCCUCCCUCCUACAGGACUCCACCUCCCUGAACCAGCUGAGGGAGCUCCUUGUGAUCUUCAAGAUGUGGAGCCUGCUACACCCAGCCUGCGCACCCGUGUUCACCACAAUGUCCUCAAAUAUUGACAUCCUGAAGCUCCUCUACAAGCUGCUGACAAGGGCCUGGCUGCUGAGGAAGGAGGGGAGGAGUGUGGAGUUUGAGGAUGGGCUGUUAGACGAGUGCAGUGUGCUGCCCAGUAAGGUCCUCAUUCCCAGCUUGAGUCAGAGUUUCCGUAUGGACAGCAGCGGUUUUACUGUCUUCACUCAGAAUUUGCCGGUCUCAUUCAAGUUUGACGAAGAGCCAGCAUAUUUGUAUCAGAAGAAAGUCAGUGACGGGAAUCGUAACACUGUGGAUGUCGGUUUCUCGAAUCGCCAACAUCAUGACAUAGUGCGACAGAUACAUCUCGGCACGCAGAUGUCUGGCAAGAUGCGUCAGUGUACACGGUGUGGCAGCAAGUCUCUGCUGCAGACUAUUGGCAAGACUCAGAUAGUGAAGUCGUGGGAGGCUCGAUGGACCAGCAACUGUCUCUGCAUGGGCCACUGGAAACUGAGCCAGACAUAAACAUGGGGACUUACGUAAUUGAAAAAUGAAUAUGUGGGUUGCUGGUUUUGCAGCUGCAGUGGUCAACAUGAACACAUGCCUGAAAGAUCUGCAUUAAAAAAUGUUGAACCUGCUUGCUCAUUUUCUCAGUUUUUUUUAGACAGGUUGAUAACAUGUUCUUACUUAGCAGAAAUAGAGAAUUGUGGUUGUCUUGUUCAGAUGACUAUGUUAGAAAAUGCAAUUGUGUUAAAUAUUUUUGCCAGCUGUUUUUGGGCAUUAAAGGGGCCUUUUCACAGAUUUUGGCAUAUUUUGAAGUUUGUCAUUAAAUGCUUUAUAUUGAUAAAUGUAAACAUAGGAUCUUUAAAGCUCCAGUAAAAAAUCAAGAAUAAAAUUAAAAAAAGGAAAAAAAAGUAGCCGGUACCAGGGCUCGAACCAGUGACCCCCGGAGUCCUGGAGUUAUUCUGAAGUAAAAAUGCAUUAGCCCUCUCGGCUAUUCCGCCGGGUAUACACAGAUUAAGUAUUUUAUACCUUAUAUAAGCAAUCUUCGUAGUUUCGUAAAUUUAAACGACAACAACAGAACUCUCCAAAUUAUUCAAUCGUUUCGCGUUGCGACGCUUUAUACCUUUUAGGUUUUCAAAUCGUCAAAAGAUACAUAUAAUGGCUAUAUUGGACUAUGGUAAAUGUUCAGUAAUACUGUUUCCUCACUAAUAUCAUAACUAAAACGAAAAUUUGCGAAUCUGAAACAACUUUCAAUUUUGUCAAUUUACCAAACCGUGAAAAGAUCCCUUUAAUGAUUGAAAAGGUUUGUCAUUUGAACUUGUUGAUGACGAUUGUGGUCUCAUUACCUGAACAUCAGUAUGUCUGAAUGUUAUACCACUGUAUCAAUAGAAUAAAGAGCAGGUUCAAUAAGAUGAUAAUCAGUUUUUAGCUCACCUGAGCGAUAGCUCGGGGUGAGCUAUUGUGAUCACUCAGCGUCCGGCGUCCGUCCGUCCGUCUGUAAACAAUUUGUAAACAUCUUCUUCUACUAAACCAUUGAGCCAAUUUCAACUAAAUUUCAUGUGGAGCAUCCCUAGGUCAUGGGACAAAAGAAUUGUUAAAAAAAAAUUGAUCACAUAACCAAGAUGGCCGCCAUGACCAUAUAUGGUAAAAACCUUAAAAAAUCUUCUUGUCAGAAACCGCUCAUCAGAUUUUCAAAAAAUUUCACAGGGAUGACCUUUGAAGGCUCCCCUGAAAAAGUUGUUCAAAGAAAUUUGAUUCGUCAAAAAACAUGGCCGCAGGAGCUCGUUGAACUUUGCAUGUUUAUUCGUUUUUGCCUAUUUUGUGAAAACUUUCAUUUGAAUGGUAAUUUAAGAAUGCAUACGCGGACAACAGGGCACACUCUGAACAAUAUUACUGAAGCAACUGGUCUGUAAUCCUAAAUCUAUAAUUAUCAGUCCAAUGAAACAUCAUCCUUUUAGUAAAAUACAGUGAAUCAGUAAAAAUAUUAUCAGAAUAUGAGAUUUUUUGUAUAUUUUGUAUGUUAAAUAUUGUGUUAAUGUUUAAUUUUGUUAAUUAAUAUAAAUAUAAGCAGGACAAGGGAGGUAAUACACUACAGGGGAAACAAAUGCAAUAAGUUUAAAUUUAUUGUUACAGAUUUGCCUCCCUUGUAAUAUAUUUAAAUUUUACCAAAUGUAAGGCUAACUGCAUUUUUGUAAUGCAUACUACUACUACUACUACUACUACUACUACUACUACUACUACUGCUACUACUGCUGCUGCUGCUGCUGCUGCUGCAGCUGCUGCUGCUGCUGCUGCUGCUACUACUACUACUUCUACUUCUACUACUACUACUACUACUACUACUACUACUACUACUACUUCUACUGCUACUACUACUACUACUACUACUACUACUACUACUACUACUACUACUACUGCUCUACUACUACUACUACUUCUACUACUACUACUACUACUACUACUACUACUACUACUACUACUACUACUACUACUACUACUUCUUCUUCUUCUACUACUACUACUACUACUACUACUACUACUACUACUACUACUACUACUACUACUACUACUAUUUCUUCUGCUACCCUCACCGCCACCACCUACUACUACUACUACUCUAUUACUACUACUACUACUACUACUAAAACUACUACUACUACUACUACUACUACUACUACUACUAUUUCUUCUUUCACCACCACCACCACCACCACCAUUCACAGUGACAAAAAACGUAUUCACAAAAUGGCUGCUACUACAACUUAUAGCCCAUAUAGGGGGGCAUGCAUGUUUUACAAACAGCCCUUGUUAUUUUGAACUCCACCUUCCCAGAAUAGUUUAGUUCCUUUGGGUCUCAGGUGAGCGCCUUAGGGCCCAUGGCCCUCUUGUUUAUUAAAACAACCACUUUUUUACAAUCUUAUUGCAGAAACAAAGUGGGUUUUAUUGUUGAAUCUGCUUGCAAUCAGCUGAAUAUUGCUGUGAAAAUGGCAGUUUCAUGUAUUUGGAUGCAUGUGUUGGUGCGAUCUUGUUUGGACUUAUUCAGGCUAUUAUGAAAAAACUUAACAUAAACAAUCACCAUUCGUGAAUGAGUUGCAGUGUGCAAAACUUGUGUCCUUUCUCAAGGUCAAGGUCACACGGGUUAUUAAUAAAAUGGGGGUUAUUUAGUACAUUUUACAAUAAUUGGUCAAAACUAAUCACCUUAUGAAGAUGUGUGGCAUAAAACCCAAAGCAUGCUUAUAGAUGACAGUCACACUUCCUGAUCAAAUAUGUGUAAGUCUUGUUCCAUUAGAAUUGUUUAUUUUAAGAAAUGUGUUGAUUUUCAAUUAUGAGUUACUUAAGUCAGCUUGUAUGUGAGGUCAAAUAUGCCUUUAAGUCAAUAAAAGAUUUUAAAAGUG